UUUUUCUUCGCUGUUUUGUUUUAACAAAAUUAUUAGCAUUUUCUUUGCUAAUCAACAAUUGCUUCAGUACAAAACCGUUUGCCACAGCGUCAAUAAUUUAAACUUUUAUUUAUCGCGAAGCGUGAGUGUACUAAUAUAGUGUUUAUAUUAUUAACAUGUGUGCGUGUGUAGGCAAAAUAAAAUUACGUGGUUUCCGAUCGUACAAUGUUUGAAAACAGUUUAUUAUCUUAUCUCAAUUUUUAGUUCUUGUACAUUUAAGGCGCACGGCGGAAGCAAUUUUUUUUUAAUUUUCUUAAAGUACAUAGUAUUGUGCCAACAAGUGCAUUUAUUGUCGGAAUCGGAGAAAGUUUGCUGUAACGGUUUGCGGUUGAAUUCAUACACAUUCGUGGUAUAUACAACGUAACGCCCCCACCCGCAAGAUUGUUAAACAGCUGUGUGACGAGCGCUUUGUGCCGUUAGAGGGACGCAUGCUGCUGGAGCUACAUUCAACAGCCCUUGAACUAAUAACCUUCCACGUUAAUAACCUGAUAACGGCAUUUCUUGUGUGAUAUAAUUUGCUUUCAACAUGUUGGCUUAUUCGGGGCACAUUAUGACGCUAGCCAAUAGUAUUAUUGGUGUGGGUAUACUAGCUAUGCCGUUUUGUUUCCAAAAGUGCGGCAUAGUGCUCUCCGUACUCUUGCUGAUCAUCAGCAAUUGGAUAACACGCAUAUCUUGCCAUUAUCUCAUAAAAUCCUCACUGCUGACACGUCGCAAAAGUUUCGAGUUUUUGGGCUUUCAUGCGUUCGGUUCGUCGGGUAAACUGCUGGCGGAGUUAUGCAUAAUCGGUUAUCUUUUCGGCACGUCAAUCACAUAUUUUGUGGUGAUGGGUGAUUUAGGACCGCAAAUUGUUACAAAAAUGUUUACACUUAACACGGACGACUUUCCACACCUACGUACGUGGGUAAUGAUAGCUGUAACGGCUUUCUGCAUAUUGCCGUUGGCUAUGUUGAAGAAUGUUGAUAGCCUGUCAACAGUGUGUGCGGCAUCGAUUGGAUUUUACGUCUGUUUGGUCGUGAAGAUUGUUUUGGAAUCGGAGGCGCAUAUUGUAACGCAUGAUUGGGUGGAGAAAGUGGAAUAUUGGCGGCCGGCAGGCAUUUUACAAUGUUUACCGAUCUUCAGUAUGGCGCUGUCAUGUCAAAUGCAACUAUUUGAAGUGUUCGAGAGCAUCAAUAAUCAAAGCGUCGAAAAGCUGAAUGGAAUUGUUCGUAACGCUACUUGGAUUUGCACAUUCGUUUACAUAGCCGUCGGAUUCUUUGGUUAUGUCGCCUUUUGUACGCAAACCUUUUCGGGCAAUAUUCUGAUGAACUUUUCACCCUCAUUUGGCAGCGAUGUUAUAAAAAUCGGAUUUGUGCUUUCGGUUGCAUUCAGCUUUCCGCUUGUCAUAUUCCCCUGUCGUGCUAGUAUUUACUCGCUACUCUAUCGCAAGGGUCACACUGAUAACAGUGGUUAUAUACCAGAGACACGUUUCAAGGUCAUAACCACCUGUCUGGUGUGUUGUGCUCUGUGUAUUGCGCUCAUGAUACCGUCCGUGGAGUUGAUUAUCGGUUUAGUGGGCUCCACCAUUGGCAUUGCGAUUUGUAUAAUGUUUCCGGCUUUUUGUUUUCGCAAAAUCGUCAAAAAAGACACGACCGAGCGUUCGUUGGCGCAAUUUAUAUUCGUUGGUGGUUUUUGUCUCAUGAUUUUGGGCACUUUAGCCAAUUUGAAUGCCAUCGACGAACAGCGUUCGGGUGCGCAUUUACAUGUGGCCAAUGAAUUGGAUAAUACGAAUUUAUUGCGUCCAACUGAGAAAAUAAAUGUGUUACCGUUAGACGCUGGUGCGGCAGCACAACCACAUUUGGAUAAACUGAGAGUGGAAGAGGCAUUAGUUGAUUUGAAGUUAAAAGGUAAUAUGUUGGAAACAGACGAAAAGCGAAAGUCUGAAUAUUUAAUGAACGCCACACCUGUGCAAAUAAUAUCGCAGCCAGCGGCAGUUGUUAAUGCAAAUGCAAAAUUACUGCAAGCAAAUGUGAUAGCUGGAAAGCAAGAGGAGAAUAAAAAAGAGAUGGCGCCACUUAUUGUUGAGUCGUUAAAGCCAAAAGAGGACGCUUUGAAAGUGGGCGAAAGCAUAAAGCAAACAGUUGAAGAAGAAGCGCCGUCGGCACUUAAGCCACUACCAAAAGAUCCCUUACCACAUGAGGCGGAAGCGUCAUUACCCAAAGAUCCCUUACCACAUGAAGCGGAAGCGCCACAACAACACGAUCCAUUACAACGUGAAGUGGAAGCGCCACAAGAACCAAACUUGAAACCACUACCGAAGCAGGCAGAGCCCAAAGAACUUCAAAACGAGCUACAACAAAACCAACAACCACAAACAAUAGACAAGGAUGCUAUAAAAAAGGAUGAGGAAGUGGCUGCCGAAGAGUUGAAGAAUGGGCAAAAGUCGUCCAAAAGCAACAACAAUGAUAUUGAACUUAAAGAAACGCAAAAAGAACUGAAACAAACCAAAGAAUUGUUGGAACGCACUGUGGAUCGGUUGAAACACGAACUGGCCAAACAGAAUGAAGAAACACAGAAUAUGGUUGCGGAGACGUUGGAGAAAGUUGUGCAAAAGGUGGAACAAAUCGAAAAGAAAGUGCAGCAAAAGGAUCCUGCAAAAGCAGAAGCGCCAGCGCCCGAGCCAGUGCCGGUGAAAAAAGAAACGGUUAAUGGGCCGCAAGAAAACGUUGUUCCCGUUAAAAAGGAGGAGGAUGCAGCUAAAAAUCCAAAUGAGCGACCAUCGCUGCUGAGCAUACUCUCCGAACAGCAAGCGGAAGUGCGCGCACCGCAAGAAGUUUACGAACCGUUAUCCUAUAAAACCGGUGAACUUAUUGAGAAAGUGAAAAAUGGCAGUCUAUUGGAGACGCGUUUACCACUCCCCUUAGCCGUGUUAUUCAAUGCAUCUUCGUUAAAUAGCAACAACAAGACAAAUAAUAUACAAAUACGUGAAGUGCACGCUCAAAAUGCCACACAACAAACCGCCGUUAAUGCCAAUGCAACCCUAAAUCUUAAGACUGACAAUGCAACACAAGUAAAAGCUAAUGAAGCACCUAUCGCUAGUGUAGCGCGCACACCCAGCGACAAGGAGAAGGAGAAUGUGGAGGCUAUACGCCGUGAAAUACUACAGUUGAAAUCAGAGCAACUGAAGGACAGCGAUAUCGAUAUAAUAGCGGCUAAUGCAGAGCACAUACGACGCAAGCGUGCGAAUGCGCUGAACUUGGAUGAAAUCGAGUCGAAAAUCCAAAGCAACAAUUGUUUAACCGAACCGAAGGUGGACCAAUUGCUGGCGCAGGCUGGCAUAAGUAGUGCAUUGAAUGUGAAAACACAAACUUUUGGACGUGAAUUGCGCUCCAUAAGAGAGGAGAAUGAUGUGCAGCUAUAAGCUCGUGUGUUCACCUCUUUGAUUCUUUUUUUUGUUCAUUAUUAUUUAAUGUAUUUACGGUUCAUUGCAUUUAUUUGGAGAUUUUCGCAUUAAAUGUAAGCUGUUUUAUAUAUUCCCAUUUACUCAACAUGUACACUGAAUCGUGUGUGUUUAUAUGCGAUGUACCAAAAGCAUUAUCUGCCAGUAUCAUUCCUACCGAUCGCGCUGCGUUUUACACGUUGCCAACCACCCUUGUACUACUAAGUCGUUACUUACUGAACUGACUACACACCUACCUAUCUACCAAUUCCUAAAUGUAUAUAUAUACUAUAUGAAUAAUAUUUUUUCGUGCGUGUGUGUCUAUGCAUGUUGACAAGACUAAAUAAAAUAAAUAUUUAUUUAUUUAAA